GCAUAUUUUCUUACUGGACAUAAGUAGUUGCAAUGCCACUGAUAUAGUACGCUGAUGUCGUUGGACUAAAAUGUAUAAAGUGGCUCGAAUCGCUUUGCUGACGAUAAUUGGUUUGGUGUUGCAGAUCCGUCAAAACUGUAAUGUGCGAGCUCAAUUCUGUACAGAAGCAGUGUGCCAACUAUGCUGCAAAGCGACACAGAAUGGGUGUGUAAAUGCCUUUACUUCACACACAAAGGGAACGUUAAUGAGUGAUAAUUUGUAUUGUGAGCAAUGUAAUUGUGAUAACCCCCAAAUAGGUUGCGGUUGGGUAGGUAGACGGUUCAAGCGAAUUGAAUGUAAUUCAUGUGGAGUUAUAGAAACUAUGCUUCAAAAUAACCCAGACCUUCCAGUCGCAGGAUGUGGCCAUGCUGUUGUUGACGGCGCUCUUAUAUACACGAUCUGAUA